AUGCCAGAUAGUAACUACAGGACAUUAGUACAGAGUCUAAAUGAGAAGCAAGAGAUUUUUUUCUUCUACAAUAUUUUGAAUCAUUUCAAAACAAGUGAUACACCUUUGUAUACUUUCCUUACUGGUGGAGCAGGUGUAGGAAAAAGUGUUCUACUACGAUGUCUUUAUCAAGCUUUAGUCAAAUUCUUCAAUCAUAAAGUAGGAGAAAACCCAGAUAACCUCAAAGUUCUGCUUUGUGCACCUACUGGCAAGGCAGCUCAUAAUAUAGGUGGCAAUACAAUACAUUCAGCAUUUGGCAUACCAGUUGGGAGAGGAUUUUCAUUUAAACCACUAGAUAUGCACCAACUAGAUUCUAUGAGAUGUAAAUUCUUCCAUUUGAAGAUUGUGUUCAUAGACGAAAUUUCAAUGGUGGGCCAAAAAAUGUUCAAUUUCAUAAACUUGCGUUUACAAGAGCUAAAAGGAUGUUGUAAACCAUUUGGUGGAGUCAGUGUAAUAGCAUUUGGUGACCUAUAUCAGUUAAAGCCAGUGAUGGACUCUUGGAUAUUUACAGUUCCUCGCAUAGGCAUUGAAUGUAUUGGUGCAAAUCUAUGGCAAGACCAUUUCACCAUAUUCGAAUUGGAGGAAAUUAUGCGUCAAAAGGAUGAUGUUGCUUUUGCACAACUUCUGAAUAGGUUACGAGAAGGAAACCACUUAGUCCCACAGGACAUAGAGGUUCUGCAGUCAAGGUUAUUAACUGCAUCGAAUGAAAGUUAUGCUCACAAUUUAAAUUUGAUUCCUCAUUUAUUCACAACUCGUUCAGAGUGUGAUUUGCAUAAUUUCCAUGUGUUAGAAAAUCUCCCUGAAACUAUGAAAACAAUUGUUAAUUCCAUAGACACUGUGUCAGGAGAUGUAUCAUGCUCCUUGAAGGAGAAAAUAUUGAGCAAAGUUCCAGAUGAUGCAGGGAAAACCAUGGAACUCCAAAGAAAUCUCCAUCUUGCUAUUGGACCACCAUUUGAAUUGUGCUUAAAUGUAAGCGUAGAAGAUGGUUUAACAAAUGGUGCAUCCUGUUCAAUAAAAAUGUUUGAUUACCGUGUCUCCUCAUCUGAGCGUGUUAGUAUCGUAUGGGUUGAGCUUGAAAAUGCAUCAUCAGGUUGCCAGUGGCGACAGAAAUAUUCAAAUCUAUAUAAGGCAAACAUUCCCCGGUCUUGA